AUGGCGGCUCUCACUGACUUCUCUUUUAUGUACCGCUGGUUCAAGAACUGCAACCUGGUUCGUGACCUCUCAGAGAAAUAUGUCUUCAUCACUGGCUGCGACUCGGGAUUUGGGAAGCUGCUGGCAAAGCAGCUGGUUGAACGGGGCAUGCGCGUACUCGCUGCUUGCCUGACUGAGGAGGGGGCCCAGAAACUUCAGCAGGAAACUUCCUACCGGCUGCAGACCAUCCUCCUGGACGUCACCAAGACGGAGAGCAUCAAGACAGCAGCCCAGUGGGUGAGGGACCAAGUGGGCGAGCAAGGCCUCUGGGCCCUAGUGAACAAUGCUGGUGUGGGCUUGCCCAGUGGUCCCAACGAGUGGCUGACUAAGGAGGACUUUGUGAAGGUGAUCAACGUGAACCUGGUAGGACUGAUCGAAGUCACCCUCCAUAUGCUGCCUAUGGUGAAGAAAGCCCGGGGCAGAGUGGUCAACAUGUCCAGCUCUGGUGGUCGUGUGGCUGUCAUCGGUGGUGGCUACUGCGUAUCCAAGUUUGGAGUUGAGGCCUUCUCUGACAGCAUCAGGCGCGAGCUCCACUUCUUUGGAGUGAAGGUCAGCAUCAUUGAGCCGGGGAACUACCGGACAUCUAUUCUGGGCCACCAGGGCAUGGAGACACACCUGAAGAAGCUAUGGGAUCGGCUGCCUCAGGAGACCCGGGAUAGCUACGGAGAGGAGUACUUUCGCAUCUAUUCUGACAAGUUGACAAACAUGAUGCGACUGGCCGAGCCAAGAAUCAGCGACGUCACCAACAGCAUGGAGCAUGCCGUUGUCUCCCGGAGUCCCCGCAUCCGCUACAACCCUGGCCUGGAUGUCAAGCUGCUCUACCUUCCCUUGGCUAAACUGCCCACUGCUGUGACGGAUUUCAUACUGAGCCGAUACUUGCCAAGGCCAGCGGACAGUGUCUGAGCUAGAGAGCUCCAGGGGCGGUUGGUGGGGUAUAAUGGAGGGGAGCAAAUGACCAUGGGAUCA